AAAAUUAGUGCAACUAACAAAAUUUACAUUUUCUUUGGUUGUGUUGGAAAGGUGUCCCGAAUAAAUAGAUCUAAAUCCGCAUGAUCUGGUUGUUGGGAUCUAGCAAGCUGUGGAGUUGGACCGAUCGUAGUUAACUUAAUUAGUAAAGACAAUUGAAUAAAACGUUCUGUACUUGAACUUCUUAUAAACCAGUCGCCUAGUUAUUUCGCUCUCCGACAGGUUAUGGGCCUGCACCUGUAACCAGGCGACGAAACAAACAUCAAGAAGUUUUUUCACGAAGAAAAUUUUAAAGACCCCCACUGAAGAUGGACCGGAUUGAAGUGGUGAAGCUAAAUGGAACCAACUACUGCAGCUGGAAACGGAAGGUGGAGUUCCUGCUCAUCCGGGACGAUUUGUGGCGGUACGUAGUCGGAACGAAGCCGGUUCCAUGGCGAGCGGCUGUCGGUUCCGGAUCGAAUGGUGCUGCUGGCGCGGACCAAGUCGUGCUCAACGCGGCGGAGAUUGAAGCUUGGGACAACGGUGACCAGAGGGCGCGGGCCACGAUCGGGCUACUGAUGGAGGACACCCAGUCUCUCAUCAAGAAUGCGACGACGGCCAAACUCUGCUGGAACGCCCUGAAGGACCACUUUGAGACGUCUAAGGUGGCUCUGCUGAAGCGAUUGUGCGGGAUGCAGUACUCGGAACUGUUGCGACGGAGCGCGUCCGAAGCAGCCCCCUGUUCAACGUCAUUGGCCUUUGUUUGUGUUGCUUUGUCAGGUGCCCGUGCUGUCGCUUGGCAAGAAUCAGAAGUUGAAAACAAACUGAAGCAAGCGGGAGCACGGGCGCAGCUGGGAACGAGAAUCCGUUCCAGCUGUGAAAAGACACCGAAGUUAGAGGACAUCCAGCAGCAUGUCCAGCAGAUGGAAGUAAUAUUUGAGAGGCUGGCGAUGGCUGGUCAAGAGCUGGACGAGGACCUGUGCGUGGCAAUGAUUUUGCGGAGCUGCCAAGCGAGGUCAGACGAGGAAUUGACUCUGAAACAGGUGGACGAAGUGGCCAAAAGUGGAACUCGCGGAGCCGGCGAAUCUGUCCUCAAGGUUGACCACCAGAAGCGUAAAAAGGUGCUGAUCUGCUACUUUUGCAAGAAGCCGGGCCCUAAGGAGAAGUUUUGUCGAGCUAAAAACGCGGUGAAGGUGGACGAAAAGACCCGGGAGAUGCUGGAGCAGCCCAAGCUGGUCAAGUUCCUGAAGAUGGGAAUGCUCUUGCCCAAGAAGCGUCUUCAGGCUAGUUCGGCCAAGGCGGCGUCGGCCAAGAUUGAAUUCGGCGCAGCUAAUAGUGCCGGGAAUGUGGACAGGGGAAUGAAAACACCGGCGAAGGUUGCGCCGGUUCCGGCUCCUGUGGCCGGCCCCAGCGUGAGCGAAAUGUCCAUGGACCAGAUCAAAGCGAAGCUUAGCCGGAGCGCGGAUUUGGCUGAAGACUUCGCUGAACAAGCUGCAGAGUGGGUUCGACAAGCUCAGGACGACAAGGACAAGAUGGAGAAUGUACGGCUGGAGACCAGGAAAAGCCGGUUCCGCCGAGCCCGGGGACGGCGUCACGCCGAAGCGCCUGGCCACGUUGAUGAGCCCCAUCAAGCCGCCCUCGAAAGUUACCCCGGUGACGACCAGCCCGACCAAGGUCCCGGCCUACCAGCGGUUCCAAACGCUGGCGGAUUCGGGCCGUCCGGCGCUGCAGCUGUUGUACAAGUACCGCUAUCUGGGCGAGCUGUUCAAGUGAAUUGACACCGUCUGCGCCAUGUUCCACAACCGGAAGAAGCAGAUCACUUUCCGGAAGCUGAAGCCGGCGGUUCAGCGGAUGGCGCGGAAGAACUUUUACGAGAACCGUUUGGCGCAGAAUAAUACCGACGACACGACA